UUGACGUGAACGCGCUGGUUAUCGUGAGUCCAUCAGAAGUCUCGUCGCCUACACUCUUGUUGACAUUCUCAUACUCAGGAUUGUUUGCAGCUCAGCCUCCCACUUCUAACCUCAUGAUUCAGAUAUCUGCGAGCCCAAACACACGUCCUAAUGUAGAUCCCAGAAACUUGCAAAUUGCCAGGAUUCUAAAACAAGUGCAAGCAAAGUUUUACAUAACUUGUGCUGUUCCUCAAACUGUUUUGGUUUUUUUUCCCUUCAUUUUCCUGAAAAACAGAUCCUGGUUCUGAUUACAUUAUUUAGCUGGACAGUGACAGCACUUUUGUUGUUUUAACUGAUAUUCUGCUCAACAUUUAUUUGAAAUGAACUAUAUUGUGGCGUGUGCCACAGACCUUGUGCCGUGGGUCUAGGACUGGAUAACGAGGAGCAUGGCAAGGAUUUUCAGUCAUGAGCCAGAAGGCUAGCCAGGAGCCUCGGACAGCAGUUGAGCAGGAGCCCAGAGGCAAGGCUAAGGUGGGUGAAGGAGCCAAGAAGAAGCCCAAGAGCGCUGCUGUUAAGGCUAAACCUGGAGUCACACCCCGGCCUUCUACGGUGGCCACCACGUACCUCACACAGGUGCUGGAGAAGGGAAAGUUCCAGAAAGUGGGAAAUACGUUGUCGGUUUCUGCGGGAGACACGCUACAAUUGAGGUGCAAGGGUAAUCCUGUUGAGUGGGGUGUCCCCACUUACUUGCAGGAGGAUAAUGAGGGACGUCUCAGGAUGGUCCAGCACAAACAGUAUGGCAUGCUGAUUUUAGCCAAUUCGACAGGAGCUGACACGGGAGAGUACACCUGCUACCCCAUGCACUGUGAAGACACAGACUGCAGGAAAGAGUACGAGAAAGCUGUCAAAGUCUUCAUCUUCUUUCCUGACCCGCAGGAGCUGUUUGUGCCCUCAUCCAACUACUACGAGGUGAUCCAGCUGCGAACAAACCACCCCGCAGUGCUUCCGUGCCAAGUGACCUCGCCGUCAGCUAAGGUCACGCUGCACCAUGAGUACCCCCCUGCCGAGGUGAAGGUGGACGGGUCAGAGAUCUCCUUCAGCGUUACGCGCGGCUUCACCAUUCACAGACCUAGGCCGCACCUUGCUGGUUCGCUGUACUGCGUGGCCAGUCUGGGGGGUCUCCGCCAGAGCUCCACCAAGUACAUGCUUGUCUAUGUCCACUACCCAGCCGCUCCCCCAUCCCCCGUGAUUCAGGCAUCGUCGGACACGGUAGCCCUGGGUCAGAACCUGCAGAUCACCUGCAUGGUGGUGGGAGAAGAGAACGUGCUGGUGGACUUCACGUGGGACUACCCUGGACAGAAGAUCGGCCGUCCGCUUUACACCCAGGACAGCGUGGAGACGGUGCAGGUGGACGGCCAGGGGCGGCAGCAGCGCUCCGAGUCCGUCCUGAUGGUGGAGGAGGUCAGAGAGGUGGACCAGGGUACCUACACCUGCACCGCCCAGAACCUGGAGGGCUCUCGUUCUGCCUCCACCACCGUCAGCAUUCCGGGAGGCAGCAGCACUGCCAAACUGAAGCAGCCUCGAGAGAGGGGACGACUCCGUGGGAGACUCGUCUGAAAGGGCAGCGGACAUGCAUGUGGGCUCUACCUGGUGCUCUGUACAGUUUAUUAAAGAGCUGAGUUGGAAAGUGUUAGCUUAUGAUGGUUCCCAUUUACUGGCAUUGCAUAUCACAGAACCUUUAAAUGAGCCCAGUGAAGAUGACACGUGUGUACCUGAAGUGGUUUUGAUGCAUUAAAGUGCAUCAACUAACUAAUUAUUAUUCUUACAUAUUUAAACGCUUUAGCAGAGUUUGCUGUGAAGGCUGUUUUGCAUGAGAGGCCAAACAGUGACUGAAAACCUACAGUGUUUUAAACGUUCAAAGGAGACACGGGUCUUAAGGUGUAUAAACAGGCAUUGUGUAACGUUCCUGCUAAUGAUAUAGGUUUGCUUCACAUGAAGUAAGAAGCAGUAAUCUAAUCAGUAAUACACUUCCAGUAGUGAGACCAAUUUUAUAUUCUAUUUCUAUACGUUAAAUAUUCAAAACAUGCUAAUAAAAAUGUUGCAUAUUUUA